CACCCGUAGCGAGACCUAUGGGAUAGCUGGCUAAAUAGUUAGCUCAUUAGCUAGCGACAAUUUUUGACGUCUUUUAAAUUGAAUGAGAAAUCCCUCAUCAUAAUAGUUACUGUAUUUCAUGUAGGCGAGAUGGCUUUGGUAUCGGCAGACACUAAGAUCGCAGAGUUACUGACGGAGCUUCACCAACUAAUCAAGCAAACGCAGGAGGAACGAUCCCGAAGUGAGCACAACCUGCUCAAUAUUCAGAAAACCCAUGAGAGAAUGCAGACUGAAAACAAGACCUCGCCGUACUACCGGACUAAACUACGUGGGCUCUACACAACAGCCAAAGCAGACGCAGAGGCAGAGUGUGGCAUUCUGAGGCGAGCGCUGGAUAAAAUAGCAGAGAUCAAAUCCCUUCUGGAGGAGAGACGCAUAGCUGCUAAGAUGGCGGGGGUGUACAGUGACUCUGACCCCCCCAGGAAGACCAUGAGGAGGGGGGUGCUGAUGACCCUCCUGCAGCAGUCCGCCAUGACCCUGCCCCUAUGGAUCGGCAAACCAGGAGACAGUCCCCCCCCCCUGUGUGGGGCGAUGCCUGCGAGUGGCGACUACGUGGCCAAGCAGGGCGAUAAGGUGGCGGCGCGCGUCAAAGCCGUCGAUGGGGACGAGCAGUGGAUCCUUGCCGAGGUCGUCAGCUACAACCACUCCACCAACAAGUAUGAGGUUGAUGACAUUGACGAGGAGGGAAAAGAGAGACACACUCUGAGUCGGCGCCGCAUCAUCCCGCUGCCCCAGUGGAAGGCCAACCCUGAGACGGACCCUGAGGCGCUCUUCAGCAAAGACCAGCUGGUGCUCGCGCUCUACCCACAAACCACCUGCUUCUACCGGGCCCUCAUACACACACCUCCGCACCGGCCCCAGGAUGACUACUCUGUGCUGUUUGAGGACACGUCGUACGCUGAUGGCUACUCGCCGCCGCUGAAUGUGGCCCAGAGAUACGUGGUGGCCUGCAAGGAGAACAAGAAGAAGUGAGACGAGACGAGACGAAGGAGAGGAGACGAAGGAGAGGAGACGAGACGAAGGAGAGGAGACGAAGGAGAGGAGACAAGACGAAGGAGAGGAGACGAGACGAAGGAGAGGAGACGAAGGAGAGGAGACGAAGGAGAGGAGAUGAGAUGAGAAGCAGUGAGACGAGACAAGACGAAGGAGAGGAGACGAAGGAGAGGAGACAAGACGAAGGAGAGGAGACGAGACGAAGGAGAGGAGACGAAGGAGAGGAGACGAAGGAGAGGAGAUGAGAUGAGAAGCAGUGAGACGAGACAAGACGAAGGAGAGGAGACGAAGGAGAGGAGACAAGACGAAGGAGAGGAGACGAGACGAAGGACAGGAGGAAGAGGAGGAGACUGGGGAAGAAAAGAGGAGGAAGAUUAAAAGAGAGCAGGAACAUGACACACUGCUCUCCAUCGCCCCCUGCUGUACUGAUGCUGAAUGAGUCUCUGGUGGGGUGGAGCAAAGCACUCUGGGAAAGAGUCCUUCAACAUCCUCUCUCUAUCACACACACACACACACACACUGUCCGUCUGUCUCUCUCUCACACACACACACACACACACACACUAACAAACACAAAUACUAACAUCUGUGACUGGUGAAACACUGUGCUUCUCCAGUCGUAGUGUGGACCAGCCUUCCGUAUUCCUUUGUCUCUCUUUCUCAAACACACACACACACACACACACCUUCUGUCUCCCUCUCUCUGUAUAUUUCUUGUGUUGCCCUAAUUUGUCUAAUGUGUCUAAUUUUUCAGCGUCUUUGCAUUCAGGAAUGUGAUUUUGCAAAAUAAAAAAGUCCAUUUUGUGAUAAAUAA